ACUGUCUUUUAUGCUGUGCUAACAUGCUUGAACAACACGCUCUCUGAGCCACAAGGUAGCAAGUGACAUUUCUAUUGGAAAGGAAGGGUAAGAAAGAGAUUGGAUUUUAGUCUUUAACCUGUAUUAUUGGGGUGAGUGGCUUUUUACUUCCUGUACAUUUCUAAUGUAUGAAUUUGGACUUUGGAUUAUCAUAACUUUAGCAAAAAGAACUAAGAUUUUACCCUGUGGAUUUUAGAGAUUGGAUUCACACCUACUUUCAGUGCUUUCAGUAACGCUUUACAUUAAGGUUCAAUGAACUAACAUUAUUCUACUUUGAUCUGGUCACAAAGUGUGUAUAAUUUUUUAUUACAACAGCUGUGAGAGUAUUGUAGCUGCGAAUAACAUUUAUAUUUAUGCACUUGUUCUAAUAUGGUGUCAUGUCUAUAGUAACAGCUCAUUCACAGAGACUUGCAUGGUGAACAUUCCACAUAAUCAAAGCCUAAUAACAAAUGAAUUUUCAAAAGUGCUGUUAUUUAAAGAAAAGCAUUCUUUAGAACUUCAAGAGAAAGAAACAGAGAGGCUGGUUUGGGAAUGACUGUUUAUAGCUGCUAUCAUGUUAAUGAUGACAGGAAUUAACUUGUUUGACAGACAUUCCACGAUGUUAUAUCGAACUAUAAACGGAUAAGAAGUAUGAUGAGUUAAUGUUAUUACUUACAUUACAGCAGCUAUAAACAGUUGUUCCCUCACCAGUCUCUGUCUUCUCUCUCUUUCUCUCUCUCUCUCUCUCUCGAAGUUAAUAAGACAAAAAAAAUGCAGUAUGCCUAUGACUUCUGUCUUAAAGAUUUUCACAUAUCAGAAAACUUCUGACUGUUGCAAAGUGCUGACACUGGAGACUCCUUCCAUAAAGUUUAAAUAAAUAUAAGUAAAUAAACAACUUGCCUUACCUUCAUUUGUUUCCCCACAUCUAAAAAUCCUGGACAUGACACUGGAGUUCUGAAUGUGUAUUCUUCUUUACAGGAAGGAAAAGCACAUCAGCAGCUAUCUGUUCGCUUUAAUCACUUAAUGACAACAGCACCGUUUAUUCUUCUGUGCUUAAGCAUGUUACCAGGGUGCAAGUGGAUGCCUUUGGUAAUCUACAUACUCAAACAGAACUGCUCUCUUCUUCUGUUAUCUGGGGUACUGUUUAUUUAAAUGAUCAGUUCAGUCAAGAUAGUUUGAGGCAGAUAUUUACAGAAAAUAUUUUGGGCGAGACAGCCUUCCAUUACGUGUUAGUCUUAUAGCUCCAUUGUAAUACCAAAGAAGCAACCAGCUAAACAGGUCUUAGUUAAAUAUGUCUUAGCCUACUUUUGGUGUCAGGGGAAAAUUAUUUCAACUUGAUGUUCACUGAACUAUUCCAUUAAUUCAUUCAUUUCCUUUAGAUAAGCUUCCUAAAGUGAAAGGAGAAAACUGUUUGCAGAAAACAGGAUGAUCCUGGUGAGCACAUGUGAAAAAGUCUUCACCAGAUUGCAGAUCAGAAUGUAGAAAAGAUAUCCUUAAAACUUAAUACUGAUUCUAGGGACAUACAGUCAGGUCUGGAAGUAUUUGGAAAAUGACAGAGUUUUUGUGAUUUUGCCUUUAUACACCACCACAAUGGAUUUGAAAUAAAACAAUCAGGAUGUGAUCAAAGUGUAGACUUUCAGCUUAAUUUUAAGAGGUUCCACAAAAAUAUGGCAUUUACCAUUUAGGAAUUACAGCCAUUUUAAGCAAAAUACUUCCAUUUUCAGGGGCUCAAAGGUAUUUGGACAAAGUGACAUAAUUGUAAAUAUAACCAUAAUUUUAAUACUUGGAUGAAAAUCCUUUGCAGUCAAUGACUGCAUGAAGUCUGGAGCCUAUGGACAUCACCAAAUUCUGAGUUUCCUCCCUGGAGAUGCUUUGCCAAGCCUUCACUGCAGCCACCUUCAGUUGAGGCAAAAUCACAAAAACUCUGUCAUUGUCCAAAUACUUCCGGACCUGACUGUAUAUUUAGGUGCUGGAUCAAGGGACACAAUGGGACACAACAGAGCACAGAGUAUCUAUAUUUUACUUGAGUUUUUCUUUCACCUAACACUUCUGAUUUUCAUGACUACAUCUCAGAAGAAAAAAAAUCCAUUUUCUACCCACUACUUUUUCAAACAUCACUACAUUUCUCUAUAGUUAUAUACAGGAUGUCUCAAACGUCUCCAUACAUAGGGGACUACGUAUGCCAGCAAUACGUCGGCUGUGUCUCCGUCAGUGGAUGUUCAUGGACGUCCACUACUCGGAGAUAGGAUAAAGAACCUCGUUGGCACGUGGGAACAGCAUUAGAAGACAUGGAGGAUGCAAGGCCUCAAUACACAUGCCAUCUGGAACGCAAGGUUCAGCAGAAGAAGGGACCAGUAGAGGUCAUUAGGACCAAACUGCGCCAUCAACUGUCUUGUUCACUGCCCAAAGUGAAAAGCACAUUAACAGACCUCUUUCCUGUCGUGCUGUGGUUGCCAAAAUACAAGAUAAAGGAAUAUGUGUGGGGUGAUGUGAUGUCCGGGCUCAUAGUGGGGAUUAUUUUAGUGCCUCAAGCCAUUGCUUACUGCCUCCUUGCAGGCUUGGAGCCAAUUUACGGUUUGUACACAUCCUUUUUUGCCAAUAUCAUCUACUUCUUCUUGGGCACAUCCAGGCAUGUAUCUGUGGGUAUCUUCAGCCUCAUGAGUUUAAUGGUGGGACAGGUUGUGGACAGAGAAGUCUAUUUAGCAGGGUUUGAUCUGAGUGAGGACAGUAAGAAAAGCUCCUUGGAUGUUGGAUGGAAUGGCACUGAAGACCACCAGGAUACCGCGGUCAACCUUACCAUAGGGGCCUUCGGCAUGGAGUGUGGAAAGGAAUGCUAUGCUAUCAGCAUUGCAACAGCUUUAACAUUCCUUGCUGGAGUUUACCAGGUCCUGAUGGCAGUAUUCAGGCUUGGGUUUGUUUCAGUUUACCUCUCUGCUCCAAUGCUGGAUGGCUUCGCCACUGGUGCCUCAUGCACCAUCCUAACAGUCCAGGCCAAGUAUCUGGUGGGCCUGAAAAUCCCUCGUCAUCAGGGUUAUGGAACCGUCGUUGUGACUUGGAUCAACAUUUUUAAGAACAUACGUAAGAUCAACUUUUGCGAUAUGAUUACAAGUGCAAUUUGUAUUGCUGUCCUACUAGUGGGGAAAGAGCUCCAGGAUCGGUACAAGGACCGUCUGAAGAUACCUCUGCCUACAGAGCUAGUAGUAGUGGCCUUAGCAACAGUGGUUUCCCACUUUGCUGAUCUGAAUGGUCAGUACAACUCAAGCAUCUCAGGUGCCAUUCCAACUGGUUUCAUUCCCCCAAAGGUUCCAAGUUUCGAACUAAUCCCAAGGGUAGCACUUGAUGCCAUCCCAUUGGCUGUGAUCAGUUUUGCCUUCACUGUCUCAUUGUCAGAGAUGUUUGCAAAAAAGAAUGGCUACACAGUCAGACCAAACCAGGAGAUGUUGGCAAUUGGCUUUUGUAACAUCAUCCCAUCAUUUUUCCACUGUUUCACCACAAGUGCUGCACUUGCCAAGACUAUGGUGAAAGACUCGACAGGUUGCCGAACGCAAGUUUCUAGUGUGGUGAGUGCUUUGGUCGUGCUCUUGGUUCUUUUGGUUUUAGCCCCGUUCUUCUACUCUCUGCAGAAGUGUGUCCUUGCCUGCAUCAUUAUUGUCAGUCUGAGAGGUGCCCUGCGGAAAUUCAGAGACUUUCCCAGGCUUUGGCGCCUCAGCAAGAUUGAUGCGGGUGUCUGGAUGGUGACCAUGUGUUCAAGUGCUUUGAUCAGCGUAGAGAUCGGGCUGGUGAUUGGAGUAGUCUUCUCCAUGUUGUGUGUCAUGGUGCAAACCCAACAUCCCAAGGCUUCACUACUGGGCCAAAUCGAGAAUACUAAUCACUAUGAGGACUUGAACGACUAUGAUCACCUUAUGAUCAUUCCAAAAGUAAAGAUUUUUCGCUUUCAGGCUCCACUUUACUACGCAAACAAGGACUUUUUCUUAAAAUCUUUAUUCAAAGCAGUUGGAUUUGAGCCAUUCCUUGAAAAAAGCAGAAGAAGAAAACUAGAGAAAAAAGCUAAAAUCAGAACUGCAAAGGAGACUGACAAAGAAAAUGGUGAUGUUAGUUUAAGCCUAGUAGCAAGCGAAGUGGAAUUCCACACCAUAAUUCUUGACUGUUCUUCUGUCCCUUUCAUUGACACCACAGGUAUUAACACCUUGAAAGGACUGGUAAAAGAGUACAAAGAAGUUAGUGUAAAUGUGAUUCUGGCAUGUUGCAACACGACAGUCAUAGAUUCUUUGAGACGAGGUGAUUUCUUCGGGUCUGAUGAUAAAGAAAUGCAUACACUGUCAUUCCACAACCUUCAUAGUGCAGUUUCUUUUGCCACAAGCGACACUACAGCAUCGAUUAACACUUCAUCUGUGUAAAGGGAGUGCAACCUUAUUUAAUGCUCACAAACAUCACAGACAUUAAAUACACACCAAUAGGCUACUACUAUUGUGUUUUUUAGAAACUAAAAAUGUUUGUACAUCAUAAAUGAUUAGCUAAAGGAGACUGCAAUCUGACAACAUUAAUACUCCAAUUUUUAUCUUUAUACACAAAUUUAUACUGAGUUUUUUUUUUUUUUUUUUUUUUUUAAUUUUCUCUUACUGUAAAAGAUAAUGCUGCUGUUACUGUAUGUACUUAUGCCACAUUCACAUCAUAUGGGAGAAUGAUAAACUGUUCUGACUUGAGAGCUUUUACGCAUUGCCAUUUUGUAUACUAUGUACAGUUUUUUUAAAUCUAACAUUAGAUAGCAUUAGCAGUUCCUGUUGAAUAAGUGCAUAUCUUUCUACAUUUUAAUAGAUCAAAAGAGAGUGAUGCAAUUUACUGGCUGUAAUUCAUAAUAAAAUUUAAAUAUGAACUAAAAUUCCUUGUUUCAUUGGAGGCAUGGCAUGUUUGUGUAGUCCACUGCCUCACUACUGGCUUUGGUUAGCAAAAUCAGGACUGUUAAAAGCUCCCAAAGCUUGAAAUUGCUACAAAAAUAUUGUUAUUAACAGUUCUCAGUAGGAAAGUGGGAAUUACAGUCUUUCCCAUAUGAUGUGAAUGCAGCAUUAGCCAGCUCUUAUAAACGUGACUAAUGUGAAACGAAUGUUUUGUAUUAAUAAAUGGUAUUGAUUUUUCUUA